AUGUACCGUAUGUCAGUGAUGACGAUGCUCGCCCCGCCUUCGCUCGCCCCACGACUCAACCUGCCCCAUUGCAUGAAGAUGGCUCUCAUCCACGACAUGGCAGAGUCGCUGGUUGGCGACAUCACCCCAGUGGACAACGUGAACAAGGAAGAGAAGGCUCGCCGUGAGGCCGAGGUGAUGAACUACAUCACCAAGAACCUGCUGGGGAGUGUUCCCGGUGGAAUGUUGACCGGAGAUGAGGUCAUGAAGGUGUUCCAGGAGUACGAGGAUAACGAGACACUGGAAUCCAAGUACGUACAUGACAUCGACAAGAUGGAGCUUCUUCUGCAGAUGGUCGAGUACGAGCGUACCCACGAGGUCGAUCUUUCUGAGUUCUGCCAUGUCGCGACCCGUGUCCAGCUACCAGAGAUCAAGGAAUGGGCGGCGGCGGUGCUCCAGGAGCGGGAAGCUUUCUGGAAGAAGAAGGCCGCCAAUGGAGUUUCGGCAUAA